GAGCAAAAGGGUCGUGGAAACAGGAACAAAACAAGAGAAAAACUCAACAGCCUCGCUGAUGAUCACACACCGUCUUUAAGAAACUAAAUCUGAGAGAAGUUGAAGGGGGAGAGAGCGAGAAAAGCAAAUUCGUCACCAUGAUGAGGUCGUGGCGUCGCCUCUGCUUCAUCUUUCUAGCAAUUUCUUCGACCUCCAGGGGACUUGACACCUCUGAUUCACCGCAGGACAAGGAGAAGGAAGGUUCCCUCGCCCCCUUUACUGAAUCCCCAUCCUUGAAGUUACUGAAUGAGACUGAAAAGGAAGCUUCCCACCCCACACUGGCCACCCCCUCCUCUCAGACUCACACGACAGAGAGCGAAACGAAUCUGCUUUCAGGAGACGUUACGACUCUGGAAGAUAAAAGGGAGACAGAUGAAGGUUACGACGACGAUUCCUUUAACACAACAGUGGAAAGCGGUGAAAGUACAGAGGCCCCUACGACAACCCUGAGCAGCGUGCCAGGGAGCGCGAGGGAGGAUGGCGAAGUUGCCACGGUCUCUAUGGCGACGGCAAGCACCUCAUCAAAGCCAGUAACAUCUGAAGACGCGGGAAGUAUGUCCCUGGGUUAUUUGAUCCUGGUACUGAUCAUCUUGGCGAUCAUUGUUCUGUGUGUCAUCCUCUACUUUCUCAGGAGAGUCUCCAGGUCAUACUCGUUCGAUCUUCAGCGUCAAGAUCCCAUGAUCCAGCAAUUCAGCGAACCAACCGGCACCUUUGAAACAGUCUACCUGGAUGAUCUAGAUCGACCAGCCCCUAAAGAUCAAGCGGCCACUAAUGACCUAUCACCUCCUCCAGUAGCCAACGGCACAGGUCUACAGGGCUCCCAUGGAGAAAACGCUCCACAGGAACAGCCAGAUGCGAACGGUCUGGAGACUUUGCCCACCGGUAACACUGGCCCCUCAUUGGGCAAUGACCCAGCUGACUCGACAUGCAACACGUCGAGCAGUACAAACCUCUUCUUCGAUGCUACGGCGGAGGUGCCGCAGAACGAAAACAACAACAACCCCUCGGUUUUCUCCAGUGGCCCAUUUGUCGAAAUAAACCUGGACGAGCCGGCGUGGUGCGAUCAGCUCCUCACCUCUCCUGAAGCUACCUCUUCUGUCCUCCCCUUCUCUCCUCUCUCCUUCCCCUCCGCCUCCUCCUCUUAGCGCCAUCAGUGAUGACCGCAAGAUCGGCGUGGAGGCAGACACUGUGUCUUUUAAAUAACCACAACAUCAGCAACUUUUAUUUCCAGUCUGCUGCCAGACAGCCUGAGUUAGUUGUCAGUGAACGGCGUAUAAAUCUCAGCCAACAAGCUGUGAAUAGGAAACUAGCUUGAACCGUCUCGUUGUGGUGUGUUUAAAUGCGUUCUCUGCUUCGAACCGAACAGUCAGAUAAUGUUUUUUUGUUUUUUUUUCUAAAUGGAGGUUACUUUUGACAUAGUAACCUUCCUGUCCUCAGCUCCAGUUUCUACACCAGUCAGCUCAGUUAACCUGGCCCAACCCUUAGCUGGCUCAGUAGCUAACUAGCUAGCCGGAUGACUCAUUGGUUUUGUGUUAUCACCGUGGAUGGAUUUUGACAAAAAGAGUCCCCGGGCACAGACAGGUAAAAAGCCCCCUACCCUCCCAUAUAGGACCCCCAGACUGAAAGAGAUUCUUAGUGGUCGUUUUGCGUCUUUUAACUGAGCUCUUUGACCUCGAAACAAGAAAUAAACAUAAUAUUAACAGUUAUUUCAUGCAGAAGCUUGGGCCCCCUGACCUCUUGAUCACCUGGGCCUGUGCCCGUGGGCCCGUUUGGUAAUCCAUCCAUGAUUACCGCAAUAGUCUUUUUAAAAUUAAUGAGGAACCUCCGUUUUUUGAUGGAGCACCGUUUUCAGUUGCGCCUCAAGAGUUGUUUCUCAAAGUACAAAUAUAUAUUUCUAGCAAGCUGUCAUAAAUCUGUUUCCUACAUUUCUGUGGUGCGGUCCUGACUAAACAGUAUUUCAAGUGCCACAGUUAUUGUAAACAAGUUCUCUAUAUUUUUUUUCGGUAAUUCUUCAAAUGCUGUAAAACACAUAUACAUUCAUAUACAUUUAAAAUCUAAAUUUUGUGACAUUAUGAAUGUCUCUGUGUAUAAUACUACGAGCUGACAUGCUUUCUGGCCCGUGUGUUUUAAUUUGCUAUAU